AUAACCGACCUUUAAUCCUGAAUUUUGGAAGUUGCACCUGACCUUCGUUUAUGUUAAAAUUUGAUGAGUUCAACAAGCUCAUCAAAGAUUUCAGCUCAAUAGCAGAUUUCCUUAUUAUCUACAUCGAGGAAGCUCACGCAGUAGAUGGAUGGGCUUUUAAAAACAAUAUUGUUAUUAAAAAUCACAGAAGCCUUGAAGAUCGAAAAAUUGCAGCACAAUUUCUUCAGAAAAAUAAUCCUUUAUGUCCAGUGGUUUUAGACACUAUGGAAAACCUGAGCAGUUCAAAAUACGCUGCAUUGCCAGAACGACUGUAUCUACUUCAAGGAGGGAAGGUCAUCUACAAGGGAGGAGUGGGGCCUUGGAAUUAUCACCCCCAGGAAAUACGUGCCAUCCUGGAAAAACUGAAAUAG